UGCAAAUGGCGUACGACGGUGGGCUGUAGUGAAUUUUUCCUCGUCACCGAUUUCUCGUGCUUUGCGAUAGUUUGCGCGAUGUUUUGGCGGCCGAUCGGUGCGUGAAACUGUGGUGCGUUCGAUGCCGCAGCUCGGUACGCUGGAGUACGCCGAGUUGGAUGCGGUUCUGUGCGGAAAUAGGCUAGUGCAUCUUUUUACCCAAAACCGACCUGCUGCUGCUGCUACGGCUGCUGCUGCUCCGUGCAGCUGAAGCGCUGUGCCCUUCUGUGCUCUGUGCCGCAGCAGCUCGAGCUCGAGAGCGUUUGGGAAGCGAGCAGCGGUGGUGCGUCGUGCGCAUCAAAACAAUCCGUGACGCGUGUGUGUGAUCCCGCUUUUGGGGUUGGGGUGGGGUGGUUUGUGUGUGUGUUUUUUUUUUUGUUUUGCCUAUCGUUGUGUGUUGUUGCUGGUGGAUAGUUUGCGUUAGCUGCGCAGUAAACAGAUGCAUACGGACCGUUGGCGGGGGUGCAGCCACAGCAGCAGGUAGUUUUUGUUGUUGUUGCCGUUGGCCACUUCCACGCAAGAGUGCCAUAUCGAACGCCACGGAACACGUACGGAAUCGGGUGGUUCCGGAGCACAACGACGCCAGAGUGAAGCAGUUUGUUCGUUUUGGCGGGUUUUUUCUCUUCUUCAAGAGCUAUUUUCGUUCCCUCGCACACACAACUGCGAAGGUGAUAAGAGACGGGGGGGGAGGAGGCCCUGGCUACACGGUUCGCGCGCACCAGCAAAACGCAACGGGGAAAACGGCGCGCUUUUUUCUGUCUAACGAUCUCCCACCACCCCUACAUCGCAGGACGGAAGCCACAACAUGAAUGACGUUGGCAUGAACAGUAAAACGGAGAACAUACUCCCGGCGGCACCGUCCGCCUGGGACCAGCUGACCAACCCCUCCCUGGCCGAACAGCAACACCCGCAGCACCAGCAGCAACAGGUGCCACCGCUCCACCAGCACCAGCAUCAUCCGGCCCAAUCGCCCCAAAUGCAAGCGUCCAGCCCGACCACCAUCAGCGCCCCGCUGCUAACGCCCACGAAAACUACGCCUCCCGACGUGGCGCACACCCCGUCCGGGGCCGCCCCCGGUGCCCCCGGUGCCAACUUCAACGAGGAGCUGGCGCCCGAGCUGACGCAGCAAGGCUGGCGGAAGUUUUGGUCCAAGCGUGAAGGGCGACCCUACUUCUGGAACAAGCUGACCGGCGAAUCGCUCUGGGAACCGCCCCAACUGAACCGUGGCCCCCCGCAGUUCGACCCGCUGACCGACCCGCUCGGCAUCUGCAGCACCAGCCCGCUGAACGGCCCACUGCCGAUGCACAACAGCACCGGCUACAACAACAAUUCCCAUCCCUCGCCCCACAACCACCACCACACGCUGAAACGACGUGCCUCGGAGGACGCAGCUCAGCAGCAGCCGCAGCAGCAGCAGCAUCACUCCGCCCAUCUCCCGCCCGGUGCCGGCAGUGUCGGUGGACCGCCACCCCUCAAGAAGUACGUCCUGCCCGGCCCGUGGGAUCUCGAGGUGCCGACGAACGUGCUGAUCUACGAGCGACUGCCCACGACCUUCCCGCAGCCCUACCCGGAGGUGGAAGCGUUGCGCGGUUCGCUCACGCUUCGGCUCGCCAAAACGUACGAGGAUCUGUGCAAUAAGCGGGAAUCGAUCGCGCCGCCGAAAGAUUCCUUCCAGCGCUGGCUGAUGGAGCGGCGCAUCAUCGACCAGGGCAUCGAUCCGCUGCUGCCCAGCCAGUGCACGCCCGAAAUCUCGCCCCAGAUGUAUCGCGAAAUCCUGCGCGACAUACCGAUCAAGAUCGUGAAGCCAAAGUUCACUGGCGACGCGCGCAAGCAGCUCUCCCGCUACUGUGACGCGGCGAAGAAGAUCGUCGAGCGGCGCGGCGCCAGCGAGGAGAGCAAAAAGAUCGUCAAGUGGAACGCGGACGAGGCGUACGAGUGGUUGCGGCGCACGGUCGGCGCCAGCUACGAGGACUUCCAGGACCGCCUCACGCAUCUGCAGCGCCAGUGCGAACCGCAUAUCAUCGCGACGGUGCGCGUCAGCGUGGAGCAGCUGUGCGCCAAGCUCUACCACCUGUCGAUGCAGCACGCGCGCAACAUACGCGAGCGGCACGCGCAAAUACUGAAGGAGCACGGCAUACCGGAGCUGUCCGCGCCGCUGCAGCCGCCCGUCACGCGCAAGGUCUGGUGCUAUCCGGUGCAGUUCGCGUUGCCUUCGCCCCGCAUGCCGCAGAUCGACUACAGCAACGAUCGCGACCACAUGGUGAUCAAGUACACGAACACGGCGGUGAUGGCGGCGCCGGACACGCACGUCGUAAACAUAUCGCACCUGCAGAAGCUCGAGCAGCUGUACCGGUACAACUGUUUCGACGACAAGAAGUUCGAUUUCUUCAUCGGCCGGGCGUACUGCAUGCUGAAGCGGUACGCCACCUUUCUCGGCAACAAUGCGAACCCGAACCAGCAGGAACCGGAGCUGACGCAGGCGGCCCUGCCGGCGGUAGUGUUCGAGUGUUUGCACCACCACUUUAACGUGACGUUCGAGUGCUUUGCCAGCCCGCUGAACUGCUACUUCCGCCAGUACUGUUCCGCGUUCGGCGAUACGGACUCGUUCUUCGGGUCGCGCGGCUCGUUUCUGGACUUUAAGCCGGUGUCGGGCUCGUUCCAGGUGAAUCCACCGUACUGCGAGGAGCUGAUCGAUGCGAGCCUGCAGCACAUCGACCGGCUGCUGACGGAUUCGGUCGAACCGUUGAGCUUCAUUGUGUUUCUGCAAGAGUGGAAGGAUCCGCCGCUAAAGUGUCUGUCCAAGAUCGAGGAUAGCCCGUACAAGCGCAAACAGGUGGUCGUGAUGGGUAUGGAGCACGAGUAUCGCCAUGGCCUGCAGCAUUGUAUACCAAAAUCGGAGGUGAACUUUAAAAGCAUCGUCGGCACGAUGGUGGUCUGGUUGCAGAAUGCGGCCGGGUACGCCCGAUGGGCCCCGACCGAGGCGCGCGUCGACGCCCUGCUGGAAGCGUUCCGUCCGGGGCGUGAGCGCGACCGGGACAAGGCAAUCGCCACCAGCACCGUACCUGUGCAGCCGAGCUGUUCGGCCACCGCCAGCUCACCGGAACCGGGCACGGCGGGGAACAGCGGCAGUGGUGCCGGCGAUCUGUCGUCCACCGGUCCGAGCAAGCCUUCGACGCCGGCCACCGUUUAGGACCGCGGAGAUAGGACCGCUCGUGUGGUUUAAACAGAGUAUAAGCAAGGAUGCGCAAGGUGUCGAAGUGGGUCGAAGUAAAAACCGGUUAAAACAACAAUAGCAAUCAGUAGCAAACGUGUACCACAUAGAAAACCCCACACCAACCGUACGCAAUGUAGGUUUUAAGCGAUCCAAUCGAGAGCGCCAAUAGAGAAAGACAUCCAUUAGCGGGGGUGGCGUACCUUUGAAGUGUACGCGCCACACCAAUGCUUCCUUCUUUAGUUGGUAAAAGCAAACAAAACAGACCAACCAAUACCUUCAACUUCAUAGCAAUCACGAUCCAGUUUGAUCCUGUUUAUUUGAUUUCAACGCACUUUGCGCUCUCGACGACCACGAGCAGAAAGGAUCCGGUGCGGUGCGGUGUGCAGUAAACACGCCUAGAAAGGUUUACAUGUAUAAAAGGAUUUACAUUUAUUUUCUAACUAGAACAAAAAAAAAGCCGCGAAUCACGUUGGUGGUAAGGAAAGGAAUUGGUAGCAUAAUUCCGACGGGUGGAAAAUUUGUGUCGUGAAGAAGGAAGGAGAAGGAAAAACAAAACCCGAGAUCUCUAUUGCCUCUACGUUGCUACGUUUUAGGCCGAUAGUAGUUGUCACCGAUUUGGGGCAUAGCUCCAGAUCGGGCCAUAUUCGAACGAAAGUAACGAUUUAUAUAUACACACACACACGCAUAUUAUGUAUGUACAGAUGAAAACGUAUGUUAUCUUAAAUUAAUUGCCUCUUCAAAUCGUUUCGCUGGUAUAACGACAGCACGGUAGGGAAAUAGCAACAACACACACACACACAAUUCCCAUAGUGUACAGGGAACACAUUCACAAACAGCAGCAAAAAGUUUUAAAAAAUCACUACACAAAAGGACUAUUUUGUCACUGAAAACCCUUUUGCAUGGUAGAAUUUCAAUGCAUAGUACAGAAAAGGUUCUUUCCCGUUCGAUUUAUUCGUUCGUUCGAUCGUUCGUUAGCUAAAUCUAAGAAUAGGAAUGUUUUAAAGGUUGGCCCCACCACCCCAUCCUAUGUAAAAUGUGUCCCCCCAGACCCUUCGUUUAUGAUUAAGGUGUAGGAAAACAACGGCCGCAGCCGCCGAUAGGUACAGUUAAAUGCAGAUUUAUAUAUUUAUUACACACACACAAACACACAAAAUACGUACGAUUGAGGGCUUGAGUUGCGUUUGAGCGUAAGAGAAAGCCCGCAAGGGCAACCACAUAUGGUAAGCUGUACGUAACUUCUCUCUGGGUCUUACCUUAUAUAUUGUUGUGUGCGAAGUGGAAAGCGGAAACAGUUGGCUAUACUGUGUAACGGUGGCAAUUUUAUUUUUAAAUUAAACGAUAAGAUUUAUUCAAAUAACAGUGAGAUUACGUAGCGUGCGCCCCCCCAGGUUUACGUUGGUUGGUAAAAAGCGCUUUUUCUUUUUCUUUCACGAUCGGAAAAAGAAAGAUCGAGCUUGCUGUAGGGAAGGUAGUUUGUAGCAUACCUUUCCAACCAUCAUACUUCGAGUUUUUAGACAGUUUACUAAAAGAGUGCAGAGCGGACGAUUAGUAGGUAGCAAUAAUGAGCGGUUCUUUCAGCGAUCAAUUCAGAUCGAGCGAGAUCAUCCUUCUUUUCCAACAAGCGUGUAGCGUGUAUUCGUCGUGUUUGUAUGUGUGUGUAUGUCUGAGGAUCAAGGUUAGAAGGAAAAGAAGAGGUCUUUAGUAACUUUGUUGUUCAACUAGUGGUUAAUACACACACUUUCCACACUUACAAAAAAAAUCCGCUGACGAUAUCGAAACACAGCGUCUCAGAGUAUACAGGAACCCGAAGAUGAUAAUACCCCCUCGAUACGUAACCCACUUAGAGGGUACGAUCGCGUGUCUAUUUAAGCGCACUCGGAUACAGUAAACAAACUUUAUUCUCAAAAAAAAACAUGUAGAAUUUUCUUUCUGUGUCACUGUGUUUGGCAUUACAUGAUCGACCAAGGGCGCACGGCACAAGUGAACGUCCACGCGUAUAUAUAUACACACACACAUAAAUUAUUAGUUCAAAAGCAACAAUGUACAAAUACAACAAAAGGCACUCUAUUCUUGUAGGGAAACUCCGGUAUCUCUCCCCCCCAUUCUUAGCUACAGGAAGGAGGAACAGAAACGCCGAGGACGAGGACGUAACAAUGCUUAUUACUCUAAUCAAAUCAGUUUUUAGAUCGGAAAUAUAAUGUUACAGAUUGAACCAAUAAAUAAGGAAAAAUUAUUUAAAACGUUAA